GCAAACUGUCCACCAUAUCAAGGUCCAUUUUCUAUUCUAUACUCUAAAUCAUUCAAUUCCAACCAAUAUUUUUUCUCUCAUUAUUACUUUCUCUAUUGACUCUAUACUAUCUGCAUUUCUCUCUCACUUGUGUAAUUUUUCAAGCAUUCUUAAAUAGGAGAGGAUGAAGAUUGAAGGCCCAAUCUACAAUCACAUUCAAACAUCACUCCUCUCACUCUCAUUCUCACUCCUCUUUAUAUAAAUUUCAUCACAAAUCAACAAACAUUCUCAACUCUCUUUUUAACAAAAAUAAAAUAAAAUAAAAAGAGAAGUGAAAAUAAUAUGAACAAACAACUCAACCUUAUCUUUCUCUUUAUCCUCUUCUCAUCUAGCAUCAAUGUAACUAUCGGCGGAGACGCGGUGGCCGGAGAUAAAAACCCGUUCACUCCAAAAGCUUUUCUCAAUCGCUAUUGGGACAAAGAGAUCCGCAACAGUUUACCAAAACCAUCGUUCCUGUUUUCGAAGGCGUCACCGUUAACUACGGUGGAAGCGGCGACGUUUGCCAAACUAGCCGCCGGUAACACACUCUCCACGCGCCUGCCGGAAUUCUGCUCCGCCGCGAAACUUCUCUGCUUCCCGGAAGUCUCUCCCAGCCUCGAAAAGCACGACAAAGACGCAAACUUCGCCGUUUAUCAAGACAAAAACUUCACCAACUACGGGACGAGUCGACCCGGUGGUGUUGACUCGUUCAAAAACUACUCCGACGGAGAAAACAUUCCGGUAAACGAUUUCCGCCGCUACAGUCGCGACUCUGCCGGUCACAAAGACAGUUUCACAAACUACGCCAAAGACGGCAACGUCGUCGACCAAAGCUUUCAUACUUACGGUGCCGGAGCCACCGGCGGCGCCGGCGAGUUCAAUAAUUACGCCGAAGAAACCAAUGUUCCCAACCUCGUUUUCACUUCUUACUCCGACGACUCCAACGGAAGAAAACAGUCAUUCACCUCCUACUCCGAAAACGGUAACGCCGGCGAACAAUCGUUCUCUUCCUACGGCAAAAACGGUAACGGCCCCACCGAAGAGUUCACGUCGUACGGAACAAGCUCCAACGUUGUUGGAUCGGGUUUUUCAAAUUACGCCGAAACAUCUAACGCCGCUAACGACAGUUUCAAAGCUUAUGGCGUUGAUAUGAAUAACCCAACCAAUACUUUCACUAACUACGCUAACGGAGGUAACGGCGCAAUUCAAACGUUUUCAACUUACCGUGAAACCGCUAACGUCGGUGCCGAUUCUUUCACUAGCUAUGCUAAAACCGCAAACGCCGCUAAAGUUGGUUUCAACAAUUACGGAAAAUCCUUUAACGAAGGAACCGACAUUUUCACAAGCUACGCUAAAAGUUCAAACGGUGAAACGGAGGUUAAUUUCAAAGUUUACGGCGUUAACAACACUUUUAAAGAGUAUUCAAAAGAAGGUGUUUCGUUUGCAAAGUACACUAACGUUAGUUCGACGUUAAGUGCUUCGGUGGAAGAGAAAAAAAACGCGGUGAGUGGUAAUUUGGUAAAAAACUGGGUUGAACCGGGUAAAUUCUUUAGAGAAAAAAUGUUGAAAGAAGGAACAGUUAUGCCUAUGCCUGACAUUAGAGAUAAAAUGCCUGAAAGGUCGUUUUUACCCCGGAGUAUUCUUGCGAAAUUACCUUUUUCUACCUCUAAGAUCUAUGAGAUGAAACGGUUAUUCAAAGCUUCGGAUAAUGGUUCUAUGGAGAAAAUGAUGAGAGAUUCUUUAGGGGAAUGUGAGAGAGUUCCGAGUCGCGGUGAAACAAAACGAUGUGUGGGCUCCAUUGAGGACAUGAUCGACUUUGCAACUUCUGUUUUAGGCAGAAACGUCGUCGUUCGAACAACCAAAAAUUUAAACGGGUCAAAAGGUAAUGUUAUGGUGGGUCGGGUUAAUGGAAUCAACGGUGGAAAAAUAACCCGAUCCGUUUCUUGUCAUCAGAGUUUGUUUCCUUAUUUACUUUAUUACUGUCACUCUGUUCCUAUGGUUCGGGUCUAUCAAGUGGAUCUACUUGAUCCGAAAACUAAAUCUAAGAUUAAUCAAGGUGUUGCAGUUUGCCACUUGGAUACUUCUGAUUGGAGCCCGAGUCAUGGAGCUUUUCUUUCUCUCGGGUCGGGUCCGGGUCGGAUUGAAGUUUGUCACUGGAUAUUUGAGAACGACAUGUCGUGGACAGUUGCUGAUUGAGUGAGAAAAGAAUGAGAAGAUGGUUGGUUCAAUAGGAAAAAAAAAAAAUCAAAACGGGUUCUUUUCUGCUACAAAAAAAUCAGCGGUAAAAGAACUAUUUGUUUUGAAUUUUUAUUAUUUUAAUAUUUUAAGUAAUGUAAUUUUUUUUUCUUUUCAAUUUUUAGUUUGAUAGAAAAGUUAAGGUAUGGUACUACAGUUGGAAUUUGGAAGAUAUAUUAUUAUUAUUAUUAUUAUAAGAUUAUUAAUUGUAAGUGUUUA